CAUUUAUUAUGUUUUCAGACUUGAUCGAUCAGUUCAGAUAAACUUAUCAGAAUAAAUACCUAACACUUCUUGAGUUUUCAAACAUAUUAGAUCAAUAUGCCAGGUUGGAUGUAAGAUGUGAUUUGGAUGAUAAUGUUAAAGAAUAGCUGUAUAAGUUUAUCAAGGAGAAAUAAUAAAAUGUGACUUAUUGUGCACGUAACAUUCACUCCAUAUUACUUAGUUGAAACUGUCAUUCUUGAAUUCUUAUUACAAUAAGAAGUCAUUCCACCCUAAUCUUAAAUUAAUGUGGAUACCCUGGGCAAAUGUGCUCGUCGAUUGCCUUUGGAUAUGUUACAGAACAUCAAUAAUGAUUUUCUUCUGCAAUUCAAAAAUUUCUAUAAGUUGAUCUCCAAUAAAUAUGGCAGUCAUGUUGAUUAUCGUGAGUUAGAAAGGUUGGGUAAGGAAUUGUAGAGAACCAUUAAAAUAAAUUCUGUUGAAAUAAUGAGAUACAUCCAACCAUUUGUAGAUGGUCAAUAGAAAGUUAAAAUUGAAGAGAUUCUUGAACUUUCCAAUGACCUGGAGAGAUUGAUUAAUGAUCAAAAUAGAAUACAAUCCAAAGGGGUUGAAGGCAGAAAGUCAAACGCUAUUGAAUAACUGGCAGAAGAGUAUCAUUAUUCAAGUGAGGAAGACAAUUAAAAAUAAAUUAAUGUGAUUUCUACUGCAUCAAGUGAUAGGAGGAAUUUCACAAAUAUCAUUUAUCAAUAGACCGAUUUAAUUAAAUAGAAGUUUAUAAAUAAAGCAGGUCUUUCCUGUCUUACUGAAAUAAACAAAGCUACUUAAUGCAUCGAAGGAUUGAUUACCAAUUUAAUUAAUGAUAUCGAUAUCAAAAAUAAAAAGAUAGAGGAACUGGUUAUUGAAAAGGAAUUGACCUCAGGAUAAUUGUAAUAAUUUGAAAUAGAAAUUCAAAAUAAGGAUUAAUAGAUUCAAAUGUGUUUACAAGAUAAUGAUAUGUUUUAAACUCAAAUUAAUGUAAAUUUUAGGUUAUUUUAUAGUAAUAUCAAGAUCAGAAUAAAGAUUUAAAAAUACAACUUAACUUUUACAAUGAAGAAUUGAAAAGUAUAACUAGAUUGGAGACUGAAUUGAAGGAAAUGUAAUUAGACACCAAAAAUCUAAGAGAACAGUUAAAUAAGUUGAAUAAGGAAAAUACUAGAUUACAAUUGAAUAACAAAUCAUUAAUGGAAAUUAUAGAAGAAUUAGAGACCAAAUCUCAACAGAAUAAGGAUAUAGAUACUAUUAAGCAAUCCUUAUAACAACAUAAAGAAUAAAUUAAUUAAUUAGAAAUCAAAUUAGAUGAGUAUUUUAUCAUCAAUAUAAAUAGUUUAUAGAAACAGAACCAAUAAUUAGAGGAGGUCAAUUUGAGUUAUGAGAAAAUAAAAGAAGGACUUGAAUAAUAGAUCAUAGAAUUGAAAAGAGAAGUAUCUCAUUAUAAAAAGAUGUUUGAAAAUACAAAUAUUGAAAAUUAACAGCUGAGAAGUAGUCUUAUUCCUAGAACAAGUAUGUUCAACUCAUAAUAGAUGAAUGGGGGAGGACUUGGGAGAUUGAGCAAAUUGUCUAUUGGAGGUGGUAUGACAUCUUCUAAGAUUUAUAUUAUCGGCCGAAAUUCAUCACAACGAAUGUCUUCAAUCAGACCAAAUCAAUAUGGGAGCACCUUUAAUCCCUUAGAAGAAAUUCAAAGCGGGCCUCUGAAGAUUGAGGAAGUUUAAGAUUUGGACAAUUAAAGUCCAGAUUAAUAAAAAGCUCAUAGGAACAAACCAGCUAUGAUAAAUAGUAGGAUGGAUGCUAGAAUCAAUUCAAAAUACGAGAAUAGUAUUGUGGAAGUGAUAAAUGAGGAGAAUGAAGAGAAGGAACAGGUUAUUAUUGAGAAGCCUAAAGAGAAUCAACUUUUACAAUAAUUUGAUAAGUUUUGGGGGGGAUUGGGAACCAAAAAUUUAGAGGAAUUGGCUCCAGAUACGCAGUAGAUAAAGAUAGAUGAAAACAUCUUAUAUUAUAGAGAUUUUUUGGGUAUUAGAGACGAUCCCAAGAUUAUGGAAUACUUGAAAUUGGAGAAGAAUAUAUACAAAUCAAUAAUAUAGAGGUGUUUUUCUGAUGGAGUUUAUAGAAUCGAUGCUAAAGGGAAAAAGGCUAGAAGAAUCCUAUUUUUGACAGAACAUACAUUCUAUAUUUUUGAGGGAGAAAAGAAACCAUCUAAAUUGUCAAGAUCAUUUCCAUUAAAAAACAUACACACUUUGGUUUUUUCAGAGGUGAGGAUUUCAAAAUAUAUCUAAGGCUUCACCUGUCAUUUGUUGUAUCAAAGUAGCAGGUUCAGAUGAUUAUUUAAUUGAAACAUUUAAAAGAAGCGAAUUAAAUUCAUUUUUAACUGAAAUAUUUGCAUCCUAAAAGAUUACAUUAUUUAAAGUGGAAUUCUUGGCUUAGUUUAAAAUAAAAAUGAAAGGACUCAAGGAUGAAAUACCCAUCUCUUAAGUCAUUAAAAAGUAGACAAGUCAAGAUCAAGGGAAGACUCCAACAUUCAGAGUGAGUUCCAAAUAAGGAUUAUAUUCAUAGAAUAUGGGAUGGUUGUAGAUAUUCAAAAAGAAGAUGUUCCAAGGUGAUUGGUAGGAAGUCUUUGUAAUAUUAACAAAUGUCGGCUUGGUCUUAUUUAAGAAACCAGGUGAUGCAGAACCUAUACUAUUCGUAUCCUUUGUAGAGGCUGUUGUAAUUAAGAAUCCCCUUUUUGAUACUAGUAAAUAACAUACAAUUAAAGUAACAAUCCUAAUUCCACUUAGAUCCGCUAUGAAAAUUGCGAUUCCGAAUUCGUGUUCAAUGCAACUUCAACUCUUCUUUUAGAUCAAUGGCAUGAUGCCAUUUAGAAUGCAAUCAUGGAAUAAGUGCGAACAUAGAAUUAGUAUUUGGUACAUCAGCAAUAACAAGUGGUGGAACAUCGAAAUUAAACUAAAAUGGAACAAUGA